AUGCCAGCUGCAGAUCCUUCAAUCAAUAAGGAUACGGAACCCUCAUUAUUCUCGUUACUUUUCCAUCCCCCGGUCCAUAACAGGGCAAUGGACAUAGGUUUAGAAGAUUCAAACCAGGGUACAAUGAACGCAAUAAAGAUGAAUGAAGAAGAAGACGAUAUAAACAAAAUGUUAGAUGACAUCGAAAAGAAUGAACAAGAUCAAGUGGAUUCGUUCUACGAAACAUUUGAAUUGCAAAACGCACAGUUGAAGGAAAUUUCUAAAUUGUUUUAA